AUGAGGAUCAGCACCUCUAAAUCUGAGGACAGGGUUAUCAGCAGGAAACCAAUGGAGUGCCUACUCCAGAUGUUCAGCAGCUCUCGUGCUGAUUGGAAGGAGACCAGAGAACCUCAGUCAGCUUUAAAUUAUCUGAAACAUGAUUCAACAUGUAAGAAAACAUUCAGCUGCUCUGAGUGUGUGAAAAGAUUUGGCUUCAAGUCAGAUCUGAAGAAACACAUGAGGACUCAUACAGGAGAAAAACCUUUUAGCUGCUCAAUCUGUAAGAAAUAUUUUACACAGAGUGGAUAUUUACAACAACACAUGAGAAUCCACACAGGAGAGAAGCCUUUUAGCUGCUCAGUUUGUAAUAAAUCUUUUACACAGAGUGGAUAUUUACAACAACACAUGAGAAUCCACACAGGAGAGAAGCCUUUUAGCUGCUCAGUUUGUAAUACAUCUUUUACACACAGUGGACAUUUAAAGUCACACAGGAGAACUCACACAGGUGAAAAACCUUUCAGCUGUUUAGUUUGUAAUAAAUCUUUUACACAGAGUGGAAGUUUACAGAAACACAUGAGAAUCCACACAGGAGAAAAACCGUUUUGCUGCUCUGAGUGUGGUAAAGCUUUCACUGAACGUGGAACCCUGAAGACCCACAUGACGACUCAUUCUGGAGAAAAACCUUUCAGCUGCUCAGUCUGUAAGAAAUCUUUUACACACAGUGGAGCUUUAAAGAUACACAUGAGAAUCCACACAGGAGAAAAACCUUUUAGCUGCUCAGUUUGUAAGAAAUCUUUUACACAGAGUGGACAUUUACGGUUACACAUGGCAGUCCACACAGGAGAUAGAAGAUUCAGCUGCAGUGUUUGUAACAGAAGAUUUGCCUGGCGUUCUGAUGUCAAAACACAUAAAUGUGUUGGUCAGAUGGAAAACCCCGCUGCACGCUGGCUGGAGCUCUCUCAGGAGAUACAGAAUACUGGCCCAGAGAAAAGGAGGAGAUAUCGGGCAAUUGAGCAGGACGUGGAUUUAAAUCAGUGGCGCAGUGGACUCGCAAUGGGCGGUGUGCAGGAGCUGUCUGCCGGCAGCGGUUCACGCUGCCAUUGGAACCUGACUCCUGCUACCGCUUCAUUCCUGCCAUCCACCGGACCAGACACCCACCUCCACUGGACCCCACCACUAGCCGGCCUACUGUCUUCCUCUGACGGACCCGCUUCUUCCCAGAAACCACCGGACCCGUUCUCCAUCCUGGAAACUUGGACCCCUCCACCUGUAUCUCUGGGUAAUGCCAGAGAAGAUGAACUUCAUGCCUGGAUACUGCAGGUGGAGGUGCUGCAGGUCCUCCUUCAUUCCUGCGACGAUGUUGACGCCCUUGACAUCUCCCAGGUCAUUCCCGCCACAGUGAACAAGGAGGACAUUCGGGGCUGCUCUUCUUUGUAG